AGAGAGCAGAGAGCAGAGAGCAUAGAAUGUUGUUUUAAUGGCAAAUCCAAGGAGAAACUCCUACUCCAACAACCUAACCUCUGAGAAUCCACACCACACCCAAACCCUCUCUCUCUCUUCGCUAAUCUUCUUCUUGAAGAGGCCCCUUUCUUUCCCUUUUCUCCUCUCCAUCUUUAUUCUUCUCACUUGGGUCUUUCUCAGACUGCAACACCUCCACCAUUUUCCCUCUCCUCAGCAAACUCAGUCUAGAGAGAAACAGAAAGGGAGGAAAGAAGAUGAUGAACAGGCUAAACUAGUCCGCUUUAGCAGUGGUUUCCCUUCACAAAUCUCUAAGGAUAAGAGGGGAUGGUUGCUCAACCCUGUCACUGCUGCCAUUGAAGCUGGGAUUUCAGAGGGAGCAAUAUCUUGUGCUUCAGUGCAUGUGGGUGAAAUCCGACCUGGUGGCAUGAGGGGAAAUCACAGACAUUAUACUUGCAAUGAGACACUUGUCAUUUGGGGUGCUGAAACGAAGUUUAGGUUGGAGAACAAUCACAUAGUUGAGAAAGGUUUUGCUGAAGUUACAAUUGGAGCAGAAGAGGUGGCAGUAGCUGCUAGUCCGAGUGGCAUUGCCCAUGCUAUUGUCAAUGUGGAUCUGUCAAGAACAACUUUCUUCCUGGGUUGUCAAGACAAUGUGGUAACCUAUAACAGUUCAAACACUGAUUUUAAUGUUUGGAAAGAUCUUUAGAUGUUACUUUUCCAUCUAGGAUCAUCCCAUCACCUUAUUAGGUGCAAUUCAAGUAGUUUCUUUUAGUUCAGCAUGUGAUUGAUAUUAUUUGGUUUUGUUUACUGUAAGAUUGGGGUUUGAUUGGAUGCGUGAUACUCAGGCAUUGUUGUAAAUAAGCAACAGCUGCUAUCACACAGUUUGAUGUUGAAGGGAAUUCUUGAUCAUGUAGUUUUGAGUGUCUUUGUUCUUCUUAUUACAUUUCUA